AUGGAAUCAAACAGGGACGAAGCCGAGCGCUGUAUCGAGAUUGCUGAGACGGCCUUCAGACAUAAACAGCUGGAGAAAGCUGUGCGUUUUCUUGAGAAGGCACAGAGGCUAUUCCCGACAUCUAAAGCACAAGCUUUGAUAGACGCCGUCACGCAGAAUGGACAGCCAUCAAGCACAAACCACCAGUCCAAGUGCAACGAGUCCACAGGCCCCCGACACAGGAGAGGUGGGGAUGAGCCUAGUUCAGCCAGUGGGGAUAAGGGAGGAGACAGUGGGAAGACGUACUCGCCAGAUCAGCUGGAAGCUGUCAAAAGGAUAAAGCACUGUAAGAACUACUAUGAGAUUCUUGGGCUCAGCAAAGAUGCUACAGAAGAAGAUCUGAAAAAGGCUUAUAGGAAACUGGCAUUAAAGUUUCACCCAGAUAAAAACCAUGCUCCAGGGGCUACAGAUGCAUUUAAAGCUAUUGGGAAUGCAUAUGCAGUGCUGAGUAAUGCAGACAAGCGCAAGCGAUAUGACCAGUUUGGUGAGGAGAAAGUUCACACUUCUCAGCAUGGCCACUCGCACUCAGAUUUCCACCACGGCUUCGAGGCAGACAUCUCGCCAGAGGACCUCUUUAACAUGUUCUUCGGAGGUGGCUUUCCGUCAAGUAAUGUUCAUGUGUACAGUAAUGGGAGAAUGCGCUACACACAUCAACAGAGACCAGAGAGGAGGGAACAACAGAGAGAUGGGGGCCUGGCACUUCUCGUACAGCUGAUGCCCAUCCUGAUCCUCAUUAUAGUUUCAGCGCUGAGCCAGUUGAUCGUCUCCAGCCCUACCUACAGUCUUAGCCUCAGGCCGUCAGUGGGCCACACUCAUAAGCGACAAACGGAGCUCCUGAAGGUGCCUUACUAUGUCUCGGCACACUUUUCCGAGGAAUACACUGGGAUGAAUCUCAGAAAUGUGGAGCGGAAUGUAGAGGAUGAUUAUAUUUCUAGCCUCAGAAACAACUGCUGGAAGGAAAAGCAACAGAAGGAAGGUUUGCUGUACAGAGCUCGGUAUUUUGGAGAUGGAGAGCUUUACCAAAGGGCACAGAAGAUGGGCACUCCUAGCUGUGCCAGACUCUCAGAAGUCCAGGCUUCAUUGCACGGAUAACGACACCACUGCCACAAAGAUAGGUUGUUUUGGGGGAGUCAUUGAAGCCUCAUGAAUGAUGCUGUUGGACUGUAUUAUAAAUAUAAUAAUUUUUUGUCCGAGCUGUUACCAAAAUUGGACUGUAGAAAAUAUACAAAAGGCCCUUGUCAUAAUAAAAGUCCACGGGACAACACAUUUAGGCCCAAAAAAGGCUAGACUGCCCUUUACCCAUCACACUUCUGUAGUUGAACCAAUAUUUUCAUGAGGACUGUAAUCAUGGAAACACAUGGAAAGCCAAAAGGCUGGGUGCAAGAAGAUAGCUGGAGAUCACAAUGUUGUCUUCCAACAGAAGAACAUUAAUAUGCUUAAGUGGAAUGAAGCAACAGAAAUCUGAAACUUAAUUGGAAUUUAUUAUGAUGUAACAGCUGUUUUUGAUUGGCGUGUAUCUAUGUCUGAGAAUGACUUUUCCCUUCAGUCUAUUCUUGUGCAAGUGUAUUAAAUCAUGAAUUCAGUGUGAGUAAUACAGGAUCAGUACAGAAUGGAGGGAUAAACUGUAGCAUUGUUAGCAUUUUUUUUUUCUCAGCCAGCCACUGAUUGUGCCAGUCAAUGACAAUUAUUGUUUCAUCUCUAUAGUUUAUAUUUGUAUAUAUGUUGUACUUUUAACUACGCAGGGACUAGAUUUAAAUUAUUUAGCUUCCUUCUUUCUAAUUUAAUAAAUUGUACCAUGUGAAUUGAAGUAUGCCAAUUAGUAUUUAAAAUAAUUAAUUAAAUAUGCGCUAUUUAUUAAAACAUAAUCAUGUGAAAUUCCCUUUUUUUUUUUUUUUUUAUAAAGACAAUUAAAGCAUGUGCUUAUUUUAGCAGACAACUUCACUGUGGAUUUUCCGAGGCUAGGUAUUUAUAAGAGAUGAGAAUAUAUUUUCAGUUUUGCUUUGUUGUGGAUAUAUCUGGGUGUAUUGAAAUAAUGGACAAUCACAAACUUACUUUAAAUGGUACUUCCAUUUGUAAUAAUGUAUAUCAAAAUGGGGCUUAAGAUGUUUGGAUAUGAAUUUAAUAAUAUACAGGGUGAUUGUAAUACCUUUGGGGAAUAUCAACAAAGUUUUUUUUUUUUUUUCUGAUAAAGUAUAAUACAUAAAAGGCUUAACUACAAAAGAAUGUAGUAAAAAGAUAAAGAUAAGCGAAUUGUAUUUUAGUGUCAAACACACAUGAUUAUGGGGCACUGCAGAUUUAACUGUCUAUUUUUUUAACAACAGACUUGAAACCUCACUGACAUUUUAACUGCAGCCAUCUGGAAAUAAAGCAAAACAAAACAGAAUCCAAACCUUCAGAGAAACAAACAUUAAACCACCCUGGUCUCGCCACACCACUAAUGGCAAACAUUGUCCAACUUUAUAUCCCGAAGGGAGACCCUUUUAAAAAUAAAUGUACUUUAAGAUACUGGGACAUGUUUCUUAAGAGUCAUGUCCGGUUCAUCAGUACCCACUUCCGGUACGGUAGAUGUGUUUAAAGACAGAUUUUAGAACUUGAUGGUUGUUAAUACUGACAGAACUGGAGCAAUUUAGUGUUCCCAAAUAGGAUGUGCCAACAAAUAAAGUUUAAGAAUUGACAUGAAAACAAUUGGCAUUAAUAAUCUAAUUUAGCUAUCAUUUACUUUGGUAGUGUUGCGGCUUACUGUUUUUUUAUGCAAGUUGUCCUUAGUGAAAUAAGAACUUUAACAUUAAGUUUAACAUGUUAGCCUGUCUUUUUACGUUCAGUUGCCGGAAAAUAUUCUUGGUGGAUUACAACAUUUGAUAAGAAAACAUUAUAUAGUUAGGUAUACUGUGGUGUUUCUAUUAAAAUAUAUAUACUUAUGAA